UCUGCCGACCUGUCGCUGCAGUCAUGGCGCCCGUCCGCUCGGUUGUAGCACUCGCUCACGGGAAGGUGUUUUAAUGGCUCCCCGUAUCGCUGACGUCUGUUGACGCGGGUACUUGCGUGCCAGUGACUAGCUUGGAACUUUCUGCAGAGCGCGGCAUAAAGUCGAUCACGGGCUUCGUAACACACCGCAGCGGCUGGCUUUAUUUGGAGAUGCGCUUUUGAUCAGGAUCUCAUGGGGGAAUUACACUUUAAGCCUCUGACACUCGUUAAAUAUUUGCAACAUCACUAAAAAAAAAAAACUAUCUAUAUCUUGUGAUGGAGCUUUUCUUUAGUAGAAACAAGCCCGCUUAUAAAUACCGGCACAGUCUUGUGUAUUUUGACAGAUAAUUCUUGAAAUUAAAUCAAAUACAGCUUUUUUUUUUUUAGCCUGUUAGCUGCUGUAGCCUUAGAUCGUUUGUUUUAAAGGCGGGCUUUUAGCAGACAAUAUUAUCGUAAAUGUUGAAUCAACAGGUCGAUUUAACUCGCAGUGUUAUUCUGGGUUUAUUUAAAUAGAAUUUAGCCUGAUAUUGGUUGUUUUUUGGAGGAAUGUGAGUAUUUGUUGGGCGAUAUUUAGCAUCCGGUUCUGCAAGAAGUGAUUUUGAUAACCACACAAAGCAGCUCCAUCUGAUUUACUAUUACAGGAGGUGUUGUGUCUUCCAUCAGCAAUGGAGGAGGUCCAGCAGAAUAACCGUAAUGGCUCUGAGUCCCAAACUGUUGCCAUCCCCACAACUAUAACUGCCUCUCACCUAUCACAGAUAGCACAGAUGUCUCUGGGUGGGAAUCAAGUGACUGUGGUCCAGCUGCCCAGCGGUCAGUUCCAGGUUCAAGGUGUGAUUCAGUCAGCGCAGUCAUCGGUUAUCCAGUCUCCACAGGCACAAACACAGGGUCAAGGAUCUGAUAGUGAUGAUUCUCAGGAUUCAAGCGACAGUGGAGCAUCUAACCAGAAGUCAAGAGAGAUCCUGGCUCGGCGCCCAUCCUACAGGAAGAUUCUAAAUGAUCUAUCAGCUGAGGAAGUGGCGACUCAGAACGAGGGAGAAGAGGAAUGCUCCACCUCUUCUGCCAUAACAAGCGUUUCACUUCCUACCCCGAUCUACCAGACAAGCACUGGCCAAUAUUUUGCGAUUUCAUCCAAUGGCUCUCUGCAGCUGGCCAGUGCUGGUUCAGAGGGUGUACAGGGCCUGCAGACUCUCACCAUGACCAACUCGAACCCAAGCCAGCCAACUAUACUGCAAUACGCUCAGACCGCCGACGGACAACAGAUUCUGCUGCCUAGUAACCAGGUGGUGCUCCAAGGUGCAGGGGGAGAAAUGCAAGCUUAUCAGAUCCGCUCUUCUUCCUCCUCGCUGCCUCAGACUGUCGUCAUGACAUCACCCGUUAUCAGCUCUCAGGGCAAAAGCAAUGACCCGCAAAUGAAGAGAGAGAUACGCCUGGCGAAGAACAGGGAGGCAGCCAGAGAGUGUCGCAGAAAGAAAAAGGAGUAUGUGAAGUGUUUGGAGAACCGUGUGGCUGUCCUGGAGAAUCAGAACAAGACUCUUAUCGAAGAGCUCAAGACAUUAAAGGACCUGUACUGUGUUAAAACUGGCUAGUGGGACAUCCAUACAAUCAUGCUAAUAGGACUUUGCUGGCAGACCUGUCUGCCUACGUGCUUAUACAGACACAGGGACUUUUUUUUUUUGGCAGAGGGGAUACAUUUAAUCCUCAUGUCAAGUGCUUGUUUUUAUACAACUCAUUUUUAACUACAGCCUAAGAAUUAUUGACCAGAAACAACAGCAACAAUUAUGCUUUUCAGAAUAGAUGGAAAGAGGGAAACGCUGUUCCAUUAACAUUUAUAUUUGCAGUCAGCAGAUGUUUAUAUUUGUGUAUGUAUCUUGUGCAAGCAUUGGCACGUCUACACUGGGAGAUUUUGCUUUAUUCUUGACCCAUUUGGUUUCCAGGGAAUAUUGAAUGUUAAUUUUAUUUAAGCGCUAGCUGAAUUUUGCUUUAUCCAAAAUAGAAGACUGGUAUUUUUACACCUUAUCUCAGAUGCGCUUGUAUGUAUGAAAAUCGUGACGCGAUUGUGUUUUUCAUGAAGUCAUGCAGCUGUGUUCUUUGCAUUUUUGCUAUUUUCCCCCUCUUAGGAAGGUCUGGUAUUCUUAUCCCCAUUCCGUAUUUUAUUUUAGUGAGUUUUAGUGAGACGUUUUCUACAGAGACUGAGCAAAAUUUAAGGCGAGGACUUUCAGCUUUAUUAUUAUGGGUAACAUGAAACAGUGGUAGAUUCAUUUAAGCCUUAUUCUGGAUUGAUAGACAAAAAAACCUUUCUAGUCCAGGUCUUUGUAAUAUGUCUGAGCGGUCUUUAAGCCAUAUACUCUCUUAGGUUGGGACCGUUGUUGGUUUUAGAUGAGUAAUAGGCCUGAGGCUUACCACUGUUUAUAAGCCAAGCUGUUACAAGACAAUCAAAUCAGGGAGUAUACGAUGAAAAAGAUGGACACUUGUUUUUGCUAAAGUGAAUCUAAAUAAAUAUUUUUCCAGCCUU